UAAUUGUGUACAGAAGAGUCCUGCGUAGAAAUCACCAAGGAUUUCAAGAAUAUAAACUAGUUUCAAGAUAGACACUAACCAAUAUGGUGAAGGGUGAAGAAAGGAGUAUGAAUGGACUCCAGGAAGGAGUACCCCAGCAUGUUCGUGAAUGGAUCAAUCAUUGGGCAGAUAUCUGUGAACCCCAGGAUAUUCAUAUUAUGGACGGAACUAGUGAAGAAGACGUGGCCUUGAAGAAAAUGUUGGUGCGUACCGGAGUUCUGAUUCAUCUACCUAAAUAUGAGAACUGUUUCCUAGCCAGGACAGAUCCUAAAGAUGUUGCCAGGACGGAGAGCAGGACGUUUAUAUCUACGCAGAGUGAGAUUGAGUCUGUUCCUGUGACUGAAAAGUAUUCAGGGAAACUAGGAAACUGGAUGUCUCCUCAGGACCUAGAGGCUAAAGUAAAGGAGCUCUUCCCAGGCUGUAUGGCGGGAAGAACUAUGUACGUUAUUCCCUUUAGUAUGGGACCAAUAGGUUCUAAACUAUCUAAAAUAGGAAUUGAGAUAACUGAUAGUGCGUAUGUUGCUGUGAGUAUGCGUAUAAUGACCAGGGUUGGAGCUAAGGUUCUCCAGGUGCUAGGGGAGGAGGGGCAGUUCAUCAAGGGGGUUCAUAGUAUAGGGGCUCCUCUAGCCCCUGGACAACAGAGUGUUAUUUGGCCCUGUAAUCCUGAGAAUGUGUUGGUAGCCCACAAACCUGAUACUUCAGAAAUUAUCAGUUUUGGAUCUGGCUACGGAGGGAAUUCUCUCCUGGGAAAGAAAUGUUUAGCACUGCGGUUAGGAAGCGCUAUGGCUAGGAAGGAAGGCUGGUUAGCUGAGCAUAUGUUGAUAUCUGGGAUCACUAAUUCUCAGGGAGAGAAGAAAUAUAUAGUUGCUGCAUUCCCUUCAGCUUGUGGUAAAACCAACCUUGCAAUGAUGCAACCUAGGUUGCCAGGAUACAAGGUGAGUGUAGUUGGAGACGAUAUUGCCUGGUUGAGACCAGAUGAGAAGGGUCAGCUCAGAGCAAUCAACCCAGAGAACGGAUUCUUCGGAGUAGCUCCAGGCACUAGCUACACUAGCAACCCAGUAGCCAUGCAAUCCAUUUUUAAGGAUACUAUUUUUAGUAAUGUUGCGAUGACAGAUGAUGGUGGAGUAUGGUGGGAAGGAAUGGGAGAUAAACCAAAGAGUUGUAUUGAUUGGAAAGGAAAACCAUGGAGACCAACCUCAUCCAACCCUGCAGCUCAUCCCAAUUCAAGGUUCUGUACUCCGCUACUGAACUGUCCGGUGUUAGAUGAAUCAGCUGAAGACCCAGCUGGAGUUCCUAUCGCGGCCAUCUUGUUUGGAGGUCGUCGUCCUUCCGGCGUUCCUCUGGUUUAUCAGGCGAUAUCUUGGGAACAUGGCGUUUUCAUGGGCGCUUGUGUGAAGUCCGAAGCUACAGCUGCAGCUGAGUUUAAAGGAAAGCAGAUAAUGCAUGAUCCGUUCUCAAUGAGGCCAUUUUUCGGGUACAACUUCGGAGAUUAUCUCAGGCAUUGGAUUAGUAUGGGGAAGAAGCUGAAGAUUAAACCUCCAGUCUUCAUGGUUAAUUGGUUCAGACGAGGUCAUGAUGGAGGUCUACUAUGGCCUGGAUUUGGAGAUAAUAUUCGUGUUAUUGAUUGGAUUCUAGGACGAGCUGCAGGUGUACUGCCUGCCAGUGGAAGGUGUGUAGGAUGGGUUCCAACCUGUAAUGGGAUAAAUGUUAUGGAUCUGGAUGAUAGACCGGAUAUGGACGAACUACUUUCUACCCCGACAGUAUUCUGGAAGGAAGAAGCCGAUGAGAUGAGAUCAUACUUCCGAGAACAAGUUGGAUCCUCCCUACCCAAGGAGAUGUUGGACCAGCUCGGUAACCUAGAGAGGAGGAUUCAGGUCUUCACGGAGUACUACGCUGACGACGAGUACUAGGGGUUCAUCGAGUACAAGGAGUUCUUGGUGUACUUUGAGUUCAUGUAGUACAAUGAGUUUAUCGUAUACAAUGAGUUCAUCGAGUACAAGGAGUUCUUCGUGUACUAGGAGUUCACGUAGUACAAUGAGUUCUUCGAGCACAAGGAGUUCAUCGAGUACAAGGAGCUUAUCAAGUACUCGAAGUUCAUUAUGUACUGAGAGUUCAUCGAGUAGAUUUUUAUGAAUUUCAAAACUAAUAAAUUUCAUAUUUUUAAUA